AUGACCUCUUCGCCGAGUGAUGGAGAUCCUCUUCAGACGCCUGACAUUUUGUCCUCUCCCACGAUCCCGACACUCGAGGUUAGCAAGACAAGACCGCCCGCGAGAAACGAAUCACCUGAGACAUCCACUAACAGUCUCCCUGUCCGCACAUCGAGCCCUCCCGCCCUAGGUUCCCGCACCAGCACCUUUUCUAGCGUUCUAUCUCGCUCUAGCUCCCCCAAUGGGAGGUUGUCGCUGUCACUAUCGAGGUUUGGCAGAUCACGAGCGAACAGCCCCCUAGGAAACCCCUCAGAAACAUAUGAUGACACACGGUCUCUGAUCGUACGGGCGUUUUCUCCCACUGUUGCAAUCUACGCUUCGCCCGAGGUGGACGAACUCGCCGCUCGCAAAGGACUGAGAAAUGGCUUCGUCGAACUGGUUCGCCCGUUCGGCGACAAGAUCAACGGCAAGGUAGUGGUGCGAGACAGCACAGGAGCCAGCCGGGCAUGGGAGGAUUUUGGUGUGCACUUUGCAGACCUUGGCCAACUAGUUCAAGAUGGCACGUCCGCGCAGUCCGCGUCGAAAUCCACAGACAAGCUAGAAGAAUUGAUGGAACAUUUUGUGGGCGAUGGCUUUGACCAGACCGAAGAUAGCCUGGGACGAGGCGAGACCUCUCCCUUUUACCGGCUGUUUCUGGCACGCCUUCUGGCGUCUCAAACUAUGAGCGCGCAUGAAUCCUUCCGCCAUCCAGUUGGUGCGGUGAUCGCCAUCAGUUCUGCCACCAAACAACCCAUCGAGACCCUACGCAAUCUCUAUCAGCAAACCGCGUCGGGUUCGCGAGCCUUACCUGUUUAUGCCAAUCCGGAAUAUCUAAGAUAUUAUGUCCUUGUCCACGAUGAGGACCGAGAUGAUUUCAGCAAGUCGUCUGCGCUGUUCGAUCAGAUGAAGCGCCAUUUCGGCCUCCACUGCCACCUCCUCAGGCUGAGAUCCGCGCCAUGCACCCAGACCGACGACGACACGGAAGAACUUCCUGCCAGCGAGUGGCUAUCUCCUACUGAACAACUCUCCCUCUUACGCGACACAGCCGAUCUGAUUGAUCUCGAUACCUCAACAUCUCCCUAUAUCUUUUCGUCAGAUGCGACGGCAUUGCGCGCAUUUGUCCGCGAGCUUAUUGCACAAUCAAUAAUCUACCAUAUGGAGCAAAGGAUUGCUCUGUGGAACGAUCAAAUUGCCUCGCGUCGCCGCGGUAUUUCCGGUCGGUUCAUGUCACUCUCUAAAAGAUGGACCGCAAUUGGAAGUUCUUCUCGAAGCUCGUCAUCAACCACCAAUGUAGGGUCAAGCGGCAAUUACCACAGCCUGCAAGGGAUAUAUCGCUAUGAUGCUCCCGAAAGUCUCUUGCGGAAGCUUGCUGACUACGCAUUCAUGUUGAGAGAUUACAAACUGGCGGGAUCAACCUAUGAGCUGCUUCGAGGAGACUACUCCAACGACAAAGCGUGGGAACACUUGGCCGGAGCGAACGAAAUGUGCUGCGUCGCUACUCUCUUGAACCCGCUCACGAGCAGCGGCAGUUCCAAGUUCAAAAUCGAAACCUUCGACAACAUGCUCGAGACUGCAAGCUAUUCAUAUUUGACCCGGUGCACUGAGCCAGCCCUUGCGUUGCGCUCUAUCUUGCUGGGCGUCGAGCUGUUGAAAGUCCGAGGUCGAGCAGCUGGCGAGCUCGCGGCGAAGUGGGCAAUCCGCAGCCUCGAACUGGGCCUGGUUGGUAGUAUCGGACAUGUCUUGGUCAGUGAGCGGGUUGCAUCUUCUUUUGCAGACCGCAUCGGCAUCGGCAACACAAGUUGGGGUAUGCGUAAGCGAAAAGCUGCACUAUGGAGUAUCAUGGCUGCUGACGAAUGGAUGAAACUCGGCCGAGCCGAGAUCGCCGCUGAGCGACUUGAUGAAGCACAAGAGUUAUAUGGUGAGACGAAGAACACUGAAUCACACAAGCAGUUUCAUGAGCUUGCCGAAUACCUAGAUCAAUUGCGACUGGCUGUGAGGAUGAAGCUGGGAGAAGCAAGGAGAAGAGGCUUUAGUGGAGCGACGAGACAGAUCGAGCUGGAGGGUCCGGUGGACGCCCAAGCCGACGUGGAAGAUGAAACAGUGGAAGAAAUGAAUGCCCUGGAAAAGGUCGACAGCAAAGGCCACCGAAAAGUUACUCCAGGAGGGGGCCUGGGAACAGGAGCCAGUCCCCUUGAACCCGUUACGCCGUUGAGUCCGGCGCGGCUGAGUAGGGGCGACACAUUCCGGCGCGAUGACGAUUUUGAAUGA